AUGACCUCGCUCACACUCACGACCCGCUCCCCGCCCCCACCUCGCUCCGCCGCCUCCUCCCCGCGCCCGCCACCCACCAGCAUCUCGCCCAUCCCCCCGCCCCGCCCCAAGUUCGACGCGGACCUCCUCAAGGCGUACAUGAAGAAGCUCAUGGCGACGCAGCUCCACAGCGCGGUGUGGCCGGACGGCAAGGAGCGCGAGCGGGUCAAGGGCUGGAUCAAGGAAAUUUCGGAGAGGAUCAAGGAGAGGAUGCUGGAGAUUCAGCCGAGAGGGUUCAAAUACAUCGUCCUGACGCAGAUAAACGAGAAUCGGGGCCAGGGUGGCAGAGCGGACAUCGUAUGUCACUGGGAGGACAGCGACGUGCUCGCGCAGGAGAUGUAUGUGAAUGAUUCUCUGAUCUGCGUAUGUAUAGCUCUGGCGAUUGCUUGA